GAGUUCCGAACGUCAGAAUUUCACAUUUCUUUCUGUGAUUUCGCGUGGACACAGCUCGGUACGAACAAGAUACUCGGUCAGUUUUAUAACAAAGCCGUUCCAUGGCCUACUCACCCGCCGGACGGUGAGGGAGAGUUGGUGUACGUGAACUACGGCCGUCGUGAGGACUACGACCAGCUCAGCCUCAUGAACGUUAGCGUCAACGGAACCAUCGUCAUCCUGCGUCAGGGCAAGAUUCCCGCGCACAGUAAGGUGGCGUACGCGGAGCAGGCGGGCGCUCUCGGCGUGCUGCUGUACGGAGAUCCCCAGCAGGUCGCGCACAACCAGAGCGCCACCUGGCCGCGAGGCGUCUGGCUCCCCGGCGACGGAAUCCGAUACGGAACGCUGCUGAAGAACUUUGGUGAUCCGGAGACGCCUGGCACGCCCUCUUACGGAG